AUGGUCAAGACACUCGUCGGCGCCCUCGCUCUGGCAGCACUUCCCUCGGCCCUCGCGUUCCGCAACACGUCGCCCUUCUUCCUCUUCUCUACGGCCGACCUGCUAAUCCCCAGCAACGACGCCGCCAUCGCUGAGUCAUCAGAAGUCACCGCCGAUGUCCUCAAGGCCCUCGAACACUGCCCUACCAAGUCAUAUGUCGUUGUCGAGCAAAGGGGAGUCUCUGCCGCCGACUACGUAGAUGGCCGCGCCGCGCCACAACUGAGCCGAUACAUGGCUGGCCAGCACGCCGAGGUCAAGUCAACUGUGGCGAUACCGGAUAUUGUUGGACACGUCGAUGCGGCAGCCAUCACCGAACAUCUGGUCUCCAAAUGCGGGAAGGGCUUCAAUGAUGAUGAUACAUGGUUCGCGAGGCAAACUCUUGAAGCGCCCCCAACUUCAAAGGCGCUACGCGUCGAGCAGCUUCAAUCUGAUGAUGCCACGCUCGAGCAAUUCAUCCAAAAUGAUGCAAAGUCCCAGGACUACACCGUUAUCUACAUCACCACUCCCCAGACCGAAGCGCAAGCCAAGGAAUCGCUCGAGCACUACACAUAUGAGAUGGAGACCUCAUUUCCAGAAUCCGUGCAGAUGGAGCUGAAGCGGGAUCUUUCUUCGCAUGCCAAGCGAGCAAACUCGACGGAAGGCGGUCUUUUCGAGAAGUACCAGUACUUCACUCCCGGCAUCUUCAUGGGCUUCGCUGCCAUUAUCCCGUUGUUCCUCAUUCUCGUGGUUGGCGUCCGAGCCCUCACCAGUCUCGAGGUUUCAUACUUCGCCUUCAGCAAGGAGAUGGGUCCUAAUGCGCAGAAGAAGCAGUAG